GCUCCCGGCCGGCCGCGCCGGUGGAGACUUCGCGACUGGGACCCUGAUCCCCGGCUGCUAACAAAGAAUUGCUGACUAAAAGUUAGCAAAGAACAGCAGGUGUUACAGCAGUUCCUGGAUUAGGUACAUAGAUGACACAGCCCGCCAUUCCAGCACCCAGGAAGGAGGCAAGGAAGGGGACCUGGAGGAGAGCACUAUCCAUGGAGAGCACCCACUGCAUGAAUGCUGAGGAAGGACAGCGCCCUGCCCAAGGGAGGAACUAGGAGGAGGCAAGAGGGGAGGAGCCCAGGUCAGGAGCUGAGUGAGGAGUUGGAUCAGGUGGUUGAAAACUCAGAGCAGACAGAUGAGCAGAACAAAGAGUCGAUCAAAGUCCAAGGUCCAGAUGUCUUACCAGGCCUGGACAGUGAGUCUGCCUCCAGCAGCAUCCGCUUUAGCAAGGCCUGCCUGAAGAACGUCUUCUCGGUCCUGCUCAUCUUCAUCUACCUGCUGCUCAUGGCUGUGGCUGUCUUCCUAGUCUAUCAGACCAUCACGGACUUUCGUGAAAAACUCAAGCACCCUGUCAUGUCUGUGUCUUACAAAGAAGUGGAUCGCUAUGAUGCCCCAGGUAUUGCCCUGUACCCUGGUCAGGCCCAGUUGCUAAGCUGUAAGCACCAUUACGAGGUCAUUCCACCUCUGUCAAGCCCUGGCCUGCCAGGUGACAUGAACUGCACCACCCAGAGGAUCAACUACACGGACCCUUUCUCCAGUCAGACCAUGAAAUCCGCUCUGAUUGUCCAGGGGCCCCGGGAAGUAAAGAAGCGGGAGCUGGUCUUCCUCCAGUUCCGCCUGAACCAAAGUAGCGAGGACUUCAGUGCCAUUGAUUACCUCCUCUUCUCAUCUUUCCAGGAGUUCCUGCAAAGCCCAGACAGAGUAGGCUUCAUGCAGGCCUGUGAGAGUGCCUACUCCAGCUGGAAGUUCUCUGGGGGCUUCCGCACCUGGGUCAAGAUGUCACUGGUGAAGACCAAGGAGGAGGAUGGGCGGGAAGCAGUGGAGUUCCGGCAGGAGACAAGUGUGGUUAACUACAUUGACCAGAGACCAGCCGCAGAAAAAAGUGCUCAGUUGUUUUUUGUGGUAUUUGAAUGGAAAGAUCCUUUCAUCCAGAAAGUCCAAGAUAUAAUCACUGCCAAUCCUUGGAACACAAUCGCUCUCCUCUGUGGGGCCUUCUUGGCAUUAUUUAAAGCAGCAGAGUUUGCCAAACUGAGUGUGAAAUGGAUGAUUAAAAUUAGGAAGAGAUACCUUAAAAGAAGAGGCCAGGCAACGAACCACAUAAGCUAAAGUCGCCUUGCAUUGUUCAUACAACUGCCCGCGUUAAUGGAAGUUCUCAUCACUUCCACUUUGAUAAACCGAGCUAAGCAGCAAUCCUGUAGUCACUUGAAGAGAAGGGCCUUGCUGGGAGAACAGCCUGUCAAACUGGAACUUUUAACUUGGCCUAAAAAGACGCUGUUUAGAACCUAAUGGAAAAGAUCCAACGGAUAACCGAAAAGUUAUUUAUUUAAAUUAUUAAUGAACAUUUUAAAGAGCUGUUCAAUGACUUAUGAAUAGGGUUUGUGGAAGAUGCCUUUGUUUGGUUCAUUGUAUAGUUAAGCUCUAAAAGGAUAAUUAUGGCUCUACUUUUUACCUUAGGUUUUUCCCUUAGAUUUUUAAAGUAAAAGAGUGAUUUUCUUUUUCCAAAAAUCAUAUCAAGACGUACAGGUCAUGCUAAGGAACCUCUCUGCACUGUACACAAGGAAAGGCAAAACCCCUUUUGACUUUGGCGUCAUCUGCCAUCUAUGUUGUCCAGCCUCUGAUAAACUCUCAUUUGUUAAAUGAGACUUUAAAACUAAUAGAAACUAUUAAUUAUUUCUUAUGGACUGACUUGUCACUUCCUUGUCUGGCUAGAAUAUUUGUUGAUGCAGGUAUGAAUUUAGAGUGAUUAACACUCAAAAGGAUUAGGACAGAUGUAUAUAGCAGGUGCCUCCUCAGUGUAUUUUGAUUUCAUUAACAGGUAAAUAAAAGAUUAAUACAAAAGGAAUGAGUGUGCCAGUAUGAAUAUCUGCUAAAUCAACUGGCACUGAUACUCUCUCAUUCUGUGACAUCCAAAAACAAAAGGUAACCUGAGUCUGGACUCCCAAGAUGGAUGGAUCCAACUCCCGAGGUACGUCAGUUAUUUCCAGGGAAAGGUCGUUGGGCAUGGCAAUUGAUGGCGUGUGGCCAGGAAGAGUGACAUUUCACGGCCCAUGUAUAAGCUGUGUUAACUCUUCACUGUGUCCUACAAAACCACCCGUCUGAGAAAGGGGCACUCAGAACGACCCUCAAAGCUUUCAGCCUAGCCUUUAACA